AACAGAAAGUGAUUUUCGAAUUAUUCAGUGUUUUUGGUGUAUUUUAUUAUCGCAUAAGUUUAAUUGUAUCAUUCUGACCGUGUUAGCAUCUAGUUGCAUUCAUUACCGGGUUAGUGUAUAUCGUGACUACGGUGAUAGCCCGAAUUAAUCUAAUCAUUUAAGGUGCCGGUCUGGUGGAAAUGUCAAACGAAGCCAGCGGCGGCCCCGUCGGAGCCGUUGUUCUCGAUGAAACUUCUUCCACUAUGGAAACGGAAAGCAGUUCCUCUCCUCGGGAUCAGGCAGCUAGGGACGCAGAUCAUUCAACGUCACCCGGUAGCCAGCAACAGCAGCAGCAGCAUCCGCAACAAUCAGAUUCGUUGCUUACCGAUUCGGAAAACACAAACAACGAGAACCGGGUGAUCGAAAUGGAUCGAAGUGUCGCGAAUUUGUCGGAAAAUGUGACCGCGAUGGAGGCAGAAUCGUCAACUGGUGUUACCGCGGAAGUGAAAAAUAGUGUAUCUAGUGUUGAAAUUGAUAAAGAUAAAGGAACAGAAGUGAAAUCUGGUGAGGAAGAUGAAAAAGUUGUGGAAAAGGGUGAUAAAUAUGCUGAGCAUGUUACCUAUAGUGAACAGGGAGAAGCAAUCUAUACCGAUCCGGAGACGAAGUUUCGUUACAAAUGGUGUAAGGUGAAAAACGAAUGGGUUCCGGAGGUGGAAACGGAUCGGUCGGAAUCGAAUCCGUAUGAAAACGAACACUACCGGUGGUGUCACGAAAAAAAAGAGUGGAUUCCGAAGGAAACCCCCAAGGAAACGGAACAUUACCGGUGGUGUGACGAAACCAAGCAGUGGAUCCCGAAGGCGGAGCAAAAGUCUUCGGAAGAUGAUCGAACCUACAGCGUCGAGAAUGGUGUUCAUUUGUAUACGGAUAAGGAUGGAGCCAUCUACUUUUGGGAUGAAGCGAAAAAAGCGUGGUUUCCCAGGGUGGACGAUCAUUUUAUGGCCGUUUAUCAGUUGAAUUAUGGUUUUAUCGAUAAUACUUCCGAUGGUAAACCCGAUGAGCCUACCGCUGCGGUUGAACCUGAGCAGAAAGAAUCCCAACAGUCGGAAGAAACUGAUGAAGAAUCUAGUAAGGUGAAAGGCAAGAAACGGAAAGCUCCUCCGGAGCCACCCAAAUGGUUCGAUUUGAAACCGGAGCAUAACACCAAAAUGUACGUGUCCAAUCUGCCGCUCGACAUAACCGAGGAAGAGUUCGGCGAACUGAUGGGCAAGUGCGGUAUGAUUCUGAAGGAUCCCAGAACGAACAAACUGAAGCUGAAGCUGUAUCGCGAUGCUAACGGGAUGCUGAAAGGCGAUGGAUUGUGUCACUAUAUUAAGAUUGAGUCGGUCAACUUGGCGCUCGAUAUUCUGGACAACUAUGACGUACGUGGGCACAAGAUUAGAGUGCAACGAGCUGAGUUCCAGUUAAAGGGCGAGUACAACCCGUCGCUGAAACCGAAGGUGAAGAAGAAGGAGAAGGAGAAGAUGCGUAAAAUGCAAGAAUCCCUGUUCGACUGGCGCCCGGAGAAGCUUCGAGGUGAACGAUCCAAGCACGAACGGAUCGUCAUUCUCAAGAAUCUGUUCGAACCAGCGCUGUUCGAGCGAGAGGUCCAUCUGCUGCUGGAGUAUCAGAACGAUCUGCGCGAGGAGUGCAACAAGUGCGGAACCUGCCGGCGGGUGGUGCUGUUCGACCGGCACCCGGAAGGAGUGGCCCAGGUCACGAUGAGUGAUCCCGAGGAAGCCGACCUGGUGGUGAAGCUAAUGCACGGCCGCUUUUUUGGCCAGCGCAAGCUUACGGCGGAGAUUUGGGACGGUCGGACGAAGUACAGAGUUGCUGAAACCGAAGCGGAUACCAACAAACGCUUGGGUAAUUGGGAAAAGUACUUGGAAAAGGGAGAGGAAGAAGUGGAAAAAACCUCCGAGAAACCCGUUGCAGUUGAACGUAAAUCUGAAGGAGAAACUGAAGCCCCAUCGGAGCAGGGUGAGAGCCUGAUCGAGAAGCAAGAACACUCCUCUGAGCCUAGCGAAAGCCAAACGAAGCAACCAAAUCCGAACAUUCUGGCUGAGAAGGUUGACGAACCGGCCAUGGACUUAGCAAAAGAUAAUCCACCGGAACAGGAAUUGCCGAAAGAGUCCGCCGAUUAAGCAAUGAUUUCAGAGACGAGUAUUAACAGUACCGGUAAGAGGUAGCUAAUAGUUUCUAAAUUGCAUCAUUCUGCCAACUACAGUUGUAAUGCUGUAUGAUUAAUAUAGAUG